UGCCUGAAACCCAGUCUGCUGGCGUAGUGAACACGGGAGGAGAAGCUAAACUGCAUUCAGAAAUGCUUGGGAGGAAGAAAGGAUCAACGCCCAGGUCGAGUGAACCUGUCAGCACGACCGUCGCUACUGACAACGGCCAGGAAGUGGCUGCUUCGCAUUUCAUCUCGCAGCAGGCCUCACAGCUCGAUGAGGCUGCGAGGAAGAGACUGCAACGAAUGAACGAGAGGCUGAAGCUGCUGGAGAUGCAGAUGGAGACACUGGAGGCUGGCGUCGCGAAGGCCAGCAGCGACUCCUACGAGUAGAAAUGUAUUAGCAAUCUUUCGUUUUAGGCAAUAGCUUUUGUGACAUGCAGGCAGAUUUAGAUGCUAGCUUUUGCAAUUUCAUCUCGUUGCAGAAUUCCAAA